GCCCUCUCCUCUGGAGGCGACUGUGGAGAAGCCCGGCGCCGGCGGCGGCUCUUUUGAGAGCCGCUCGGUGUCACCAUGGGCGACCACGGGCUGGAGCUGGCGUCCAUGAUCCCCGCCCUGCGGGAGUUGGCCAGUGCUACUCCAGAAGAAUAUAACACUGUUGUACAGAAACCAAGACAGAUUCUCUGCCAGUUCAUUGACAGAAUACUUACAGAUGUCAAUGUUGGUAAGAGGGAAUUAUUUCUUCAAUUCAGUCAUUGGAUCAUUACAAGACUUUUACGGAUUGCAGCAACUCCAUCCUGCCACAUGCUACACAAGAAAAUAUGUGAAGUUAUCUGCUCGUUAUUAUUUCUUUUUAAAAGCAAGAAUCCUGCUAUUUUUGGGGUACUCACAAGAGAAUUACUUUAUCUUUUUGAAGACUUAAUUUACCUCCACAAAAGAAAUGCAGCGGGUGAGGUUAUGGAAUGGCCAGUGGUUGUUAGUCGGUUUUUAAGCCGAUUGGAUGAACAUAUGGGAUGUUUACAGCCAGCUCCUUUGCAGUUCAUGAACGUGCAAAAUGUAGAAUUUAUUGAAGUCACUCUAUUAAUGGUUCUUAUUCAUAUUGUUCCAACCGUGUUUUUUAGACGACAAGAAUUGUUACUGUGGCAAAUNGGCUGUGCUCUGCUAGAGCACGGUAGUCCCAAAAUCAGAUCUUUAGCAAUUAGCCUUUUAACUGAACUCUUUGAGCUUGGAGGAUUACCAGCACAGCCAGCCAGCACUUUUUUCAGCUUAUUUUUGGAGUUGCUACAACACCUUGUAAGAAUGGAUGCUGACCAAUUGAAAUUGUAUGAAGAGCCAUUGUCAAAGCUGGUAAAAACGCUCUUCCCCUUUGAAGCAGAGGCUUUUAGAAAUAUUGAACCUGUCUACUUAAAUGUGCUGCUGGAAAAACUCAGUNUCAUGUUUGAAGAUCGCGUGCUUAUGCGGCUCAAGUCUGAUUUGCUGAAGGCUGCUUUGUGUCAUUUACUGCAGUAUUUCCUUACNUUUGUGCCAGCUGGGUAUGAAUCGGCUUUACAGGUCAGGAAGGUUUAUGUGACAAAUAUUUGUAGAGCUCUUGUAGACGUUCUUGGAGUUCAGACACGUGUUGGGUAUUUGUUGGGACCAUUUUAUGCAGCCUUGAAAAUGGAAAGUAUGGAAAUUAUUGAAAGAAUUCAAUGCCAAGCUCNACGGGAGAAUCUCAGUGGUAAUAAUGAUGAGGUGUCACCAAAGAGGCGUAGACUCAGCUCCUCUCUCAGCUCUUACAAAAAGCCAUCCAGACAGCCUGAAGAAAUUAUUCAUGUGGAUAUGGACAAAAAGAGCAUAUUAUGGAAUUUUCUGAAACAGAAAGCUGAAUCCCUUCAGAUUUCUCUUGAAUGUGGUACUCUCAAGAAUUCUGUUGCUGAGGCAUUAGAAGGAAUCACUAUUGUAUUACAGCUGACUGCUCUCUGCACUGUUCACUGUUCUCAUCAAGACAUGGAUGGCCAUAAUGUCAAGGAUUAUCAACACAAAUAUAAGAAGAAACCUCCAGUAGUAAUAACUUGGAUGUCUUUGGAUUUUUAUACAAAAGUGCUUAAAAGCUGUAGGAGUUUGUUGGAAUCUGUUCAGAAACUUGAACUGGAAUUAGUCAUUGAUAGUAUGGUGAGAAUUUUUGAUGCUCUGAUGUAUAUGCAAGUAAAAAGUUCAUUCGAGGAUCAUGUUCUGGAAGAGUUAUGUGGAAUGCUCUCACUUCCAUGGAUUUAUUCCUAUUCUGAUGAUAACUCUUUAAAGAUGACCACAUUUGCUACUAACCUUCUGCCAUUAAGCCAGAGGGUUUGGGAUAGUUACUCUCCACAGGCACAGUCACAAUGUGUGUUUCUUCUGACACUGUUUCCAAGAAGAAUAUUCCUUGAAUGGAGAACAGCAGUUUAUAAUUGGGCCCUAAAGAGCUCCCAUGAAGUAAUCCGGGCGAGUUGUGUUAAAGGAUUUUUUAUCUUAUUGCAUCAGCAGAAUUCUUGUAACCAAAUUCCCAAGAUGCUUGUAGAUAGAGUCAAAGAUGAUUCUGACAUGGUCAAGAAAGAAUUUGCUUCUGUCCUUGGUCAACUUGUCUGUACUCUUCACGGCAUGUUUUAUUUGAGUUCCUCAGUAGAGCCUUGCCUUGAACAUAUGGACUUGUUCAGUAAGAACCUGAAAGCCACUUCUCAGCAUGAAUGUUCAUCUUCUCAAGUGAAAGCUUCCAUUUGCAAGUCAUUCCUUUUCCUGCUGACCAAAAAUACACCUAGUCCAGUAAAACUUGCUUUCAUAGACAAUCUACAUCAUCUUUGUAAGCAUCUUGAUUUUCAAGAAGAUGAAACAGAGGUAAAAGCAGUUCUUGGGACUUUAUUAAAUUUGAUGGAAGAUCCAGACAAGGAUGUUAGAAUUGCUUUUAGUGGAAAUAUCAAGUAUAUAUUGGAAUCCUUGAACUCUGAAGAUGGAUUUGUAAAAGAGCUUUUUGUCUUAAGAAUGAAGGAAGCAUAUACACAUGCCCAAAUAGCAAGGAAUAAUGAGCUAAAGGAUACUUUGAUUCUUACAACAGGGGAUAUUGGAAGGGCAGCAAAAGGAGAUUUGAUACCUUUCGCACUCUUGCAUUUACUGCAUUGCUUGCUGUCUAAGUCUGCAUCCGUCUCUGGAGCGGCAUACACAGAGAUUAGAGCACUAGUUGCAGCGAAAAGUGUUAAACUGCAGAAUUUUUUCAGUCAAUAUAAGAAACCGAUCUGUCAGUUUUUGGUAGAAUCUCUCCACUCCAGUCAGAUGACAGCACUCCCAAGCACUCCUUGCCAGUCUUCUGAGAUGCGAAAACAAGAUGUUGCUCAUCACAGAGAGAUGGCUUUAAAUACCUUAUCAGAAAUUGCCAAUGUUUUUGACUUUCCUGAUCUUAAUCGUUUCCUGACAAGGACAUUACAAGUUCUACUUCCUGAUCUUGCUGCCAAAGCAAGUCCUGCAGCAUCAGCUCUCAUUCGAACUUUAGGGAAACAAUUAAAUGUCAAUCGUCGAGAGAUUUUAAUAAAUAACUUCAAAUAUAUCUUUUCUCAUUUGGUUUGUUCUUGUUCCAAAGAUGAAUUAGAACGUGCUCUUCAUUAUCUGAAGAAUGAAACAGAAAUUGAGUUGGGGAGCCUGUUAAGACAGGAUUUUCAAGGAUUGCAUAACGAAUUAUUGCUGCGUAUUGGAGAACAUUAUCAACAAGUUUUCAAUGGUUUGUCAAUACUUGCCUCAUUUGCAUCUAGUGAUGAUCCAUAUCAGGGACCACGAGAUAUUACAUCACCUGAACUGAUGGCUGAUUAUUUGCAACCAAAAUUGUUGGGCAUUCUGGCCUUUUUUAAUAUGCAGUUACUGAGCUCCAGUGUUGGCAUUGAAGAUAAGAAAAUGGCCUUGACUAGUUUGAUGUCUUUGAUGAAGUUGAUGGGACCUAAACAUGUCAGUUCUGUGAGAGUAAAAAUGAUGACCACACUGAGAACUGGUCUUAGAUUCAAGGAUGAUUUUCCUGAGUUAUGCUGCAGAGCAUGGGACUGCUUUGUUCGCUGUCUGGAUCACGCUUACCUGGGACCCCUGCUCAGUCAUGUCAUAGUGGCUUUGUUACCUCUCAUACACAUGCAGCCUAAAGAAACUGCUGCUAUCUUUCACUACCUCAUCAUUGAAAACAGGGAUGCUGUGCAAGAUUUUCUUCAUGAAAUAUAUUUUUUGCCUGAUCAUCCAGAAUUAGAAAAGAUAAAAGCAGUUCUCCAGGAAUAUAGAAAGGAAACCUCUGAGAGUACUGAUCUUCAAACCACUCUCCAGCUAUCUAUGAAAGCAAUUCAACACGAAAAUGUAGAUGUUCGAAUUCAUGCUCUUACAAGCUUGAAGGAAACCUUGUACAAAAAUCAGGAAAAACUGAUAAAAUAUGCAACUGAUAGUGAAACAGUGGAGCCCGUUAUCUCCCAGCUUGUGACGGUAAUUUUGAAAGGCUGCCAAGAUGCAAACUCUCAAGCUCGCUUACUCUGUGGGGAAUGUUUAGGAGAACUGGGGGCAAUAGACCCAGGACGAUUGGAUUUCUCAACAGCAGAAACUCAAGGAAAAGAUUUUACAUUUGUGACUGGAGUAGAAGAUUUAAGCUUUGCCUAUGGAUUGCUAAUGGAGCUAACAAGAGCUUACCUUGCAUAUGCUGAUAACAGCCGAGCACAAGAUUCAGCUGCUUAUGCUAUUCAGGUAAGCAUGCUCACUUGUCAUAGCCAAUUCAGCAACUAUACCAGAGUACCUGUUCUCAGUAAAGAGGUGCAUAUAACUUCUUAUGCUUUUGUUCUAAACACAUAUUUUCAAUAUGUAAAUUUUCAAAAUUACAGAUAUAAGAGUUCCCAGAAAUCAACAGAUUGGUCUGGAGUAACGAAGCCAAUUUACUUAAGUAAACUAGGUAAUAACUUUGCAGAAUGGUCAUCAUCUUGGGCAGGUUAUCUUAUAACAAAGGUUCGGGAUAAUCUUGCCAGUAAGAUCUUCACAUGCUGUAGCAUAAUGAUGAAGCAUGAUUUUAAAGUCACCAUCUAUCUUCUUCCGCAUAUCCUAGUAUAUGUCUUGUUGGGUUGUAAUCAAGAAGAUCAGCAAGAGGUUUAUGCAGAAAUUAUGGCAGUACUUAAGCAUGAUGAGCAGCAUGCCAUCAGUACCCAAGACAGUGCAUCUGAUCUGUGCCAGCUAAGCACACAGACUGUGUUCUCUAUGCUUGACCAUCUCACCCAAUGGGCAAGGCACAAAUUUCAGGCAUUGAAUGCUGAGAAACUUGCACAAAACAAACCAAAAGGAGUAUCAAAUGUGAAUUUUGAAGACUAUCAGAGUGUAACUCGUUUUCUAGACCUCAUACCUCAGGAUACUCUGGCUGUAGCGUCCUUUCGUUCCAAAGCAUACACACGAGCCGUAAUGCACUUUGAGUCAUUUAUUACAGAAAAGAAGCAAAAUAUUCAAAAACAUCUUGGAUUUCUACAGAAAUUGUAUGCUGCUAUGCAUGAGCCAGAUGGAGUGGCUGGAGUAAGUGCAAUUCGGAAAGCUGAGCCAUCCCUGAAGGAACAGAUUCUUGAACAUGAAAGUAUUGGCUUGCUGAGGGAUGCCACUGCCUGUUAUGACAGGGCUAUUCAGCUAGAACCAGACCAGAUCAUUCAUUAUCAUGGUGUUGUGAAGUCCAUGUUAGGUCUUGGUCAGCUGUCUACUGUAAUCACCCAGGUCAACGGAGUACAUGCUAAUAGGUCUGAAUGGACAGAUGAAUUAAACACAUACAGGGUUGAAGCAGCUUGGAAACUGUCACAGUGGGAUUUGGUGGAAAANUAUUUAGCAGCAGACGGGAAAUCCACAACAUGGAGUGUCAGACUAGGACAGUUACUGUUAUCAGCUAAAAAGAGAGACACCACAACUUUCUAUGACACACUGAAACUAGUGAGAGCAGAACAAAUCGUACCUCUCUCAGCUGCCAGCUUUGAAAGAGGCUCCUACCAACGAGGCUAUGAGUUUAUUGUCAGAUUACACAUGUUGUGUGAGUUGGAACACAGCCUCAAACCGCUUUUUCACAAGUCUGCAGGUGACAGUUGUAAUGAAGACUCUCUGAACUGGGCAGCUCGCCUUGAAAUGACCCAGAAUUCCUAUAGAGCCAAGGAGCCUAUCCUGGCCCUCCGGAGGGCUUUAUUAAGUCUCAACAAAAGGCCGGAUUACAAUGAAAUGGUUGGAGAAUGCUGGCUACAGAGUGCCAGGGUAGCUAGAAAGGCUGGCCAUCAUCAGACAGCCUACAAUGCUCUCCUUAAUGCUGGAGAGUCACGACUUGCUGAACUGUAUGUGGAGAGGGCAAAGUGGCUGUGGUCCAAGGGUGAUGUUCACCAGGCGCUUAUUGUUCUUCAAAAGGGCGUGGAAUUAUGUUUUCCUGAAAAUAAGUCCCCAUCUGAGAGUAAGCACAUGCUAAUCCAUGGCCGGGCCACACUGCUAGUUGGCCGCUUUAUGGAAGAAACGGCUAACUUUGAAAGCAACGCAGUGAUGAAGAAAUACAAGGAUGUGACCUUGUUUCUGCCAGAGUGGGAAGAUGGACAUUUCUACCUUGCCAAGUACUAUGACAAAUUGAUGCCGAUGGUAACAGAUAACAAAAUGGAAAAGCAAGGUGAUCUCAUCCGAUAUAUAGUUUUACAUUUUGGAAGAUCUCUUCAGUAUGGAAAUCAGUUCAUAUAUCAGUCAAUGCCACGAAUGUUAUCGCUAUGGCUUGAUUUUGGUGCUAAGGCAUACGAAUGGGAAAAAGGUGGUCGUUCUGAUCGUCUGCAAAUGAGAAAUGAUUUGGCUAAAAUAAAUAGUGUACUCACAGAGCACACAAAUCGGUUAGCACCAUAUCAGUUUUUGACUGCUUUUUCGCAGUUGAUCUCUCGAAUAUGUCAUUCUCAUGAUGAAGUUUUUGUUGUCUUGAUGGAAAUAAUAGCCAAGGUAUUUCUGGCCUAUCCUCAGCAAGCAAUGUGGAUGAUGACUGCUGUGUCAAAGUCUUCUUAUCCCAUGCGUGUGAACAGAUGCAAGGAAAUUCUUACCAAAGCCAUCCAUAUGAAAAAGUCUUUAGAAAAGUUUGUUGGAGAUGCAACACGUUUAACAGACAAGCUACUAGAAUUAUGCAACAAAUCGGUUGAUGGAAGCAAUUCCACAUUAAGCAUGAGCACUCACUUUAAAAUGCUUAAAAGGCUUGUAGAAGACCCGACCUUCAGUGAGAUCCUCAUUCCCCUGCAGUCAGUCAUGAUCCCUACUCUUCCGUCAAUUCUGGGUGCCCAUGCGAAUCAUGACCCCUUCCCUGGGCACUGGGCCUAUCUUGCAGGCUUCGAUGAUGUGGUAGAAAUUCUUUCUUCUCUUCAGAAACCAAAGAAAAUCUCUUUAAAGGGCUCAGAUGGAAAGUUCUACAUCAUGAUGUGUAAACCAAAAGAUGACUUGAGAAAAGACUGUAGACUAAUGGAAUUCAACUCUUUGAUUAACAAGAGCUUAAGAAAAGAUGCAGAAUCACGUCGAAGAGAACUUCAUAUACGAACAUAUGCAGUUAUUCCACUGAAUGAUGAAUGUGGGAUUAUUGAAUGGGUGAACAAUACUGCUGGCUUGAGACCUAUUCUGACCAAAAUAUAUAAAGAAAAGGGAGUGUAUAUGACAGGAAAGGAGCUUCGCCAGUGUAUGCUACCAAAGUCAGCAGCUUUAUCUGAAAAACUCAAAGUAUUCCAAGAAUUACUCCUNCCCAGGCACCCUCCUGUUUUUCAUGAGUGGUUUCUGAGAACAUUCCCUGAUCCUACAUCAUGGUACAGUAGCAGAUCUGCAUACUGCCGCUCUACUGCAGUCAUGUCAAUGGUUGGCUACAUCCUGGGGCUUGGAGACCGUCAUGGUGAAAACAUUCUUUUUGAUUCUUUCACUGGUGAAUGUGUACAUGUAGAUUUCAACUGUCUUUUUAAUAAGGGAGAAACUUUUGAAGUUCCAGAAAUUGUACCAUUUCGUCUGACUCAUAAUAUGGUUAAUGGAAUGGGUCCUAUGGGAACAGAGGGUCUAUUUCGAAGAGCAUGUGAAGUUACACUGAGGCUGAUGAGGGAUCAGAGAGAACCUUUAAUGAGUGUCUUAAAGACUUUUCUACAUGAUCCUCUCGUGGAGUGGAGUAAACCAGUGAAAGGCCACUCCAAAGCACCACUGAAUGAAACUGGGGAAGUUGUCAAUGAGAAGGCCAAGACCCAUGUUCUUGACAUUGAACAACGACUACAAGGUGUGAUCAAAACCCGAAAUAGAGUAACAGGGCUGCCAUUAUCUAUUGAAGGACAUGUACAUUACCUCAUACAAGAAGCUACUGAUGAAAACUUACUCUGUCAGAUGUACCUUGGUUGGACCCCAUAUAUGUAAAAUAAAAUUAUUUCAAAGAA